AUGUCCUGCAGCCUUAUCGAGGCUAAGUUUCAAUUGCUGGAUCGAGCUAUUGAGAUGCUCUCCAUUUCAAUGAACCGUAUAUCACCUCGAAUAGCAUCGUCCGAAGAGCUACGUAAACUUGUGGCGGCACAGAAGCUUGCUUCACCUAAGAAACCUAUUCAAGAUGGAGCGAAAACAACAUCUGACAGAGUCUAUUCUUGCAUUGAGAACAAUAAGAAUCAGCGAGAAAAAAAUAUUUUCGAAAAGAAAGCGAAAAACUGUCAGUCGAAACCAAGAGAUUUGAAUGGAAGAAGAGACAGAAGUCAAGGCUCAAACAAUCUCAAAUGGAUCGAUUUAAACCAAAAAGACUCGAAAAAGCCAUCUACAAGAAAAGAUUUUGACUUCGUAGAAAUGGGAGAAAGAAUUAAACGAUUAAGUCAUGAGGUGCCCCGAUCAAAUUUGCUUGAUCAAGAUAGAAAAUAUGGACAAGGUUUGAGUUUGCUUGAAAAGCGAAUUUCGAACCAGAAGAAUGACGAUGAUAGAAAUGAUUCAGUAUCCUUUCGUGCUACUUCUCACAGCGCUCGACCUCCAGCUAAAAGAUCAAUCGGAUACCACUUUAGAAAAAAUGAAACUUUUCUAGCGACUAGAUGCCGGUCAGCGGCGAUGUGUACCCCUUCGACACACCAAUCAGAAAACUAUUUUAUUCCUACAGCCUCCAGAUUUGCCACGACCGAAUUUACAUCUCAGCGCGAAAAUCAUCACCAGCGACCCAGAACUGCCACCGGGGAGUCUUCUGACCAUGACCAUAAAACUACCACGGCUCGUACAGUGCCGCUAAGACCCGAUCAUGUAAUAAUUCCUGGCGAAUCGAUAAGCCAGAGUCAGUCGAAUUUUGGGUCGAGAGUACAUGAUCCAACCUUUUACAUGCUGGAACUUCGGCUUAUUCACCCCAGUUGCUUGACCAAUUGGCGCUUUCAAGCCUCUUUCACAAACGUGUCGAUGAUACCAUACCAGACAGUAUUUCUAGACGAUCUCAUGACCGAUGACGAAAAUUGUUUGCUAUUUAAUAGCAUGCAGCCAGGAUCGGCCUUAUCUCGUCGUUUUAAUCCAUUCAUGUAUUUUCCAGGUCUUAAUCAACCAAGUGACCUUUAUGGACACGUUAUGAAUAUCGUCGUGACAUCUCUCCAUCCUGUCACCUGUAUCGUGAUCAAUACUACGGUACAAUUCACCCGUUAUCGCGACGAGGCUGUUGUCGAACCGUCAAUAAAAUUAAAUCGAGAACAUUUGGAAGCCGAGAAGACUCCAAACGCUAAGGUCCUGAUUGUACAGUCUAAACGCAGCAGUUCGGCUCCUUUGCUAUCGAGCAGGAGAAUUAAGGUGUCAUGCUCUCAUACGAGAAAGAUACCAAGACCACCGUGUCAAAAUAAGACCUUUGAAGCCAGCACAGAUGGGACGGAAGCGCAGCAAUAUACUUCUUGGGUUGUCAGCCAGCCGAAUGAACUUAGCACUAUCGCUGAACCUACUGCGCUGGACAAGGUGACAACACUACGGCUUGUAGAGUCUCGGCCACCUUCUCCAACGACUAUUGCUUCAAAUACAAAAGAAGCGACAUGGUCACUUCAAAAACCGCUUGGCACCAUUGAUAGUAAGAAGAUGCAGCUGCAGCGCCUGCGUGCAAACAUUCGGAAAGAAAUGAGCAAACAUGUUAGCUUGUAG